AUGGGCGACUCGUUCCAGGAAUUCAGGAGCCUCCGGCCGGCGGAAUUUGUCCUACGCCGCUCAUACUCAGACGUGCACUCCCUUUACAGUAUAGACUACCAGGGAACCCCCCUCGGCACCGGGCAGUUUGGGGUAACCAGACGGUGCUUGAGCAAGCGCUCAGGGGAGGAGCUUGCGUGUAAGACGAUAGACAAGGCGAGCAUCAAGACGCAUGCGGAUGCAGAGGAUGUGCGGAAGGAGGUGGCUUGCCUGGAGCUGCUGGCUGGUCACCCCACUGUUGUCACUAUCAAGGACGCUUUUGAGGAUGCUCAGCACGUGCACAUUGUCACGGAGCUCCUACCGGGUGGCGAUCUCUUCGACAGAAUCAGAUCGCUCCGCCGCCUCUCCGAGCCCUCCGCUGCCCGCCUUUGCGCCGCCCUAAUCGAAGCCCUCCUGCACUGCCACUGCCGCGGCAUCACGCACCGCGACAUCAAGCCCGAAAACAUCCUCCUUACAAGCCGCUCCUCCGACUCCGAUAUAAAGCUCAUCGACUUUGGCGUGGCGACGUCCUUCCAACGCGGUGUACCUUUAACUGACGCGGUGGGGACGCCAGAAUACAUGGCUCCUGAGGUGCUCAGGCAGAGCUACGGUCCCGAAGCGGAUAUAUGGAGCGCGGGGGUGGUGCUUUACGUGGUACUUAGCGGCGCACCCCCGUUUUGGGGGUCUAAAAGCCGGACGGUGGUGGAGAGGAUACUUAAGAAAGAGGUGGCGUUUAGAGGGGCCAAGUGGGAGGGCGUGUCGGAGGAGGCUAAGGACUUGGUUGCUCGCAUGCUGGUGAAAGAUGCGAGCAAAAGGAUUGGCGCCCUUGAGAUUCUCGAGCACCCGUGGAUCCAAAAGUGGAAGCAGGCUCCUCGCACGUGA